AUGGUUUUGGAUGGCGACACCUGCGUUUGUCCUGCAGGAACCUUCUGGGGCGCCGAGAUGUGCGAGCCCUGCGACAGAGGCUGCGCCACCUGUGGUGGAUCCGCUCAGAAUUGCACAUCCUGCCGGGAGGACCAUGGCAAGUUCUUGCAAGGCUCCUCCUGCAUUUGCCCUGAUGGGGAGUAUGAAGGGCCUGAAGGCCAUUGCCUUCCUUGCGCGGGGACCUGCAAGACCUGCGUGGGGAAUGCAGAGACGUGCACUUCCUGCCACGUGCCUCACAAGCGCAACCUUGUGAACAGCACCUGCCAGUGCCCUUCUGGCAUGUACGACGCCAGCGGCACCGACGUGUGCCAACCCUGUGACUGUCCUUGCAAGGAGUGCCGUGGCAGCGCUUCGAACUGCAUCGACUGUCAUGGAAAGGCCCAACUUGUGGAUGCAGCCGAAGGCAAGACCUGCGCCUGUCCGAAUACGACCUUCUUCGUGAAGCCACACGAAGAAGAUGGAGGCUGUGGGCGCUGCAUGGAAUGCUCCACCGGGGGCACCUGCAGCACCUGCAGAGACAGCCCACGGAUUUGCACAUCCUGCAGCGGCUCCCACUUCCUCUUCCAGGAGUCCUGCCUGGGCACCUGUCCGAGCAACUCCCUGGCGAAGGACAACGAGUGCGUGCCCCUGGUGGGCUCCAUCGUUAGCUUUAGCCGCUCAGUGACCUCCCGCGUUCGCGCUUGCCCGUCUCUGUGCAGUUCCGCGCCAUCUCGAAUGGAGCAGGCCAAAUGGGGCUGUACAGCGUGGACAAAGGCAAAUAUCUCGCUCUUCUCGCUGAAGUUGUGGACUUCAGCCAGGAGCUUGGCUUGGAAGCAGCGAUGCCGGUCUUCGCGCUUCUUCAGCCGACCGUUGUGGCACGCCCGACCUUUGCCUCGCGCACGCUCUUCUAUGGUCACUGCGAUCACCCCAUCUUGGAUGAGACGGAGUGCAAGAUGGCUUCUGCCCAGCAGGGGGUGA